AUGGACUUCACCCGCGAUGCAUUCACCACUCCGUCGACGCUUGAGCUGACAAAAAAUGCACGUAAUGCAGAUAUUCAGAACAGCGUCGGCCGGGCAUGGUACGCGCAAAAGGUGCCUCUAUGGAGCAAGGCCACCGGCGAGAUGGCCAGCUUCACCACCACCUUCUCCUUCCAGAUCACUCCAGACAUGGACAGCGUGACGUAUUCAGGCGAUGGGAUGGCCUUCUUCCUCGGCCAUUUCGCUUCCAAGAUCCCGGACAACAGCGUGGGCGGCGGCCUCGCCCUCCUCCCCAAGUUCGCUGACGGAACAGGUGACAGCCGGAUUGUGGCGGUGGAGUUCGACACUUUUGCCAACAUGGAAUGUGCCGACAUCAACUCAAACCAUGUCGGCAUUGACGUCAACUCCCUCACCUCCACCGCAUCCACGGACACGACGAGCUGGCCUGGAAAGAACCUAACGUCGCCCAAUGUUUUGAAAACCGCCACUGUGACGUACCACAAUGACUCCAAGCUGUUGGCCGUUGAUCUCCUGAUUGAUGGUGCCUUGUACCAGGUCAAUGCCACCGUUGAUCUGAGCACAUAUUUACCGGAGGAGGUCGCUGUCGGCUUCUCCGCGGCGACCGGCGGGGUCUUCGAGCUGCACCAGAUACUGUCAUGGUCAUUCAGCUCCACUCUGGAAUCAAAGAAGGAAGCACCUCCACCUGCUGAACCUCCCCUUCCAAUUCCAACCAGCAGCAACAACAAGCACAAAAAGUUGGUACCAAUUCUAGUAUCUGUCCUAGUUCCUUUGCUUCUUUUGUUUGUCUGCGCGGCGGUGGUGCUGGGAUGGCGGGGACACAAGAAAACAAGAGCAAACGAGGACAGCGAAGAAGAGUGCCUCGACAGAGCUGACCUCGAGAGGGGUGUGGCUGCCGGAGGCCCCAGACGGUACAUCUACAACGAGCUGGUCGCCGCAACGGGUAACUUCGCGGAGGAGAAGAAGCUCGGGCGAGGCGGCUUUGGGAGCGUUUACGGGGGUCAGCUCACACUAGCAGCGGCCGUCGGAGGUGACCAAGAUCGUCGAGGUGUGGCGGUGAAGGUGCUAUCAGCGGAGUCGACUGCGCAGGGGAGGAAGGAGUUCGAGGCAGAGGUGAGGAUCAUCAGCAGACUAAAGCAUCGCAACCUUGUCCAGUUGCUGGGCUGGUGCGACAGCCGCAAGGGGCUCCUGCUUGUCUACGAGCUUGUCACAGAGGGCAGCCUAGACAGGCAUCUCUACAACAAGGACGGAAAGCAUCUCACAUGGCCACAGAGGUACAAGGUCAUCCUCGGCUUGGGAUCCGCGUUGCGCUACCUCCACGGAGAGUGGGAGCAGUGCAUCGUGCACGGCGACAUCAAGCCCAGCAACAUCAUGCUUGACUCGUCAAUGAGCACCAAGCUUGGGGACUUCGGGUUGGCCCGGCUCGUUGACCACGACACGGGGUUGCUGCAGACCACCAAGGCCGUGCUUGGCACCGCCGGCUAUAUCGACCCUGAGUUCGUCAAGACGCGCCGGCCGUGCACUGAGUCCGAUGUCUACAGCUUCGGCAUCGUUCUACUGGAGAUCGUCUCUGGCCGGCGGCCGGUGACGGAGACCGCGGGGAAAUCCUUCACUCUGCUCAGGUGGGUGUGGAGCAUGUAUGGCAGGAACACGAUCCUCGACGCGGCGGAUGAGAGGCUGAGGGGUGACGAGGCCGACGAGCAGUGGAUGGUGCGGGUACUCAUCGUCGGGCUCUGGUGCGCGCACCCGGAACGGAGCGAGCGGCCGUCUGUCGCCCAGGCAAUGCACGUCCUGCAGUCCGACGAGGCAAGGCUGCCGGCGCUCACGCUGCACAUGUACAUGACUGCGCCAAACCCCGCAUCGUCCGGCCCGUACGGGUCUUUCUCCAUUGAGAGCUCUAGCUCCGGUUGUGUUCGCUCUUCUUCGGACAACACCAGCAACGCCACUCUUUCCUCCGAGUCGUCCUCGACUGCGUUGCUACGAUAUUCCAGCGAUGGCUAA